UUCCACAACAGCAAGAUGAGUUUGGUGACAUUGCUUUGGACCAUUUUUGCCGUUGCUGCUGGUAGCAGUGCCACGCCCCAAUAUGAUGGACGCAUUGUGGGCGGUCAGGUGACGGAUAUACGCGAUUUCCCAUACCAGGCAUCCAUACAGCUGAAUGGCCAGCAUAUUUGUGGCGGUGCCAUUAUCGGGGAUUACUUCAUACUGACCGCUGCCCAUUGCUUUGAGGAACCGUGGACUGAGCUCGAUUACAGCGUGCGGCUAGGCGCCACAGAGCACAAAACUGGCGGCGAGCUGCUCAGCCUGCGGCAGAUUAUACGCCACGGAGCCUACAAUAGCCAGACGCACGAUAAUGACCUGGCCCUCUUGCUGCUGAAUGCGCAGCUGAACUAUACUGAGAACCUGCAAGCUGUAAGCCUGGCUGGCGCAGGGGACAUACUUACGGCCGACACGCGGCUUUACGUUAGCGGUUGGGGCUACCAGAGCGAAGGCGGUGAGGAGGGUGUGUCACCUGCUCUGCGGUACGUGGAUGUGUCGCAUGUGGAGCCGGGCGUCUGUCGUCUCGCUUAUGGCAAGGUGCUACCCAUUACCCAACGUAUGCUCUGCGCUGCACGGGAGGGUCACGACAGUUGUCAAGGUGAUUCCGGUGGUCCACUUGUUGGUUAUGCGCCCGGCAGUGCUCGGGGCAAGCUUUAUGGUAUUGUCUCGUGGGGCUUGGGCUGCGCCCAGAAAGAAUAUCCGGGCGUCUAUGCGAAUGUGGCAGCAUUUAGGAAUUGGAUUGAUGCUCAGGUGGGUGCCUGGGGCUGGAAUACCCUCAUCAAUGGCUGGAGUGGACUGCAAAGGGUGAAUGAGGUAUAG